GCUAGCCACCCUGUUCAAUAUUUUCUACUGGACGCUCCGAAGAAAAAUGCUUCACGUAACUUGCCAAGGUACCCCCUCCGAAAUCGGCUAUCACCAUGGCUCUGCUGCCAAAGGCGAGAUUGCGAAAGCCAUUGACUUCGCAACUGGCCUCAUUCAUGGCAAAACAAAAAAGACACAGGCGGAGCUUGAACAGCUCCUCAGGGAGUUGGAGCAGGUGAUGAAACAGCGCUGGCCGAGAUACUAUGAGGAAAUCUGCGGAAUCGCAAAGGGUGCGGAACGCGAAGUAUCGGAGAUUGUCAUGCUCAACACUCGUACGGAAUUCGCGUACGGGCUCGUAGAAGCCCGGGACGGGUGCACCACUGUUUACUGCAAAACCCCCAAUGGAGCGCUACAGGGCCAGAACUGGGACUUCUUCACCGCAACCAAAGAAAACUUGAUCCAGUUAACAAUUUGUCAGCCGGGUCUACCCACUAUCAAAAUGAUUACAGAAGCUGGUAUCAUUGGCAAAGUGGGUUUCAACAGUGCUGGUGUCGCUGUCAAUUACAAUGCACUACACCUACAUGGCCUCCGUCCCACUGGCCUCCCCUCGCAUCUCGCGCUGCGCAUGGCCCUCGAAAGUACAUCUCCGUCUGAGGCGUAUGAAAAAAUCGUCUCGCAAGGGGGCAUGGCGGCUAGCGCGUUCAUCAUGGUGGGCAACGCACACGAGGCCUACGGGCUAGAGUUCUCGCCCAUCAGCUUGUGCAAGCAAGUUGCUGACACCAAUGGGCGGAUAGUGCAUACGAACCACUGCCUCCUCAACCAUGGGCCAUCGGCGCAAGAGCUUAAUCCCCUGCCGGACUCGUGGAGCCGCCACGGGCGGAUGGAACAUCUCCUCUCUGGUUUUGACGGCACGAAGGAGGCAUUUGCGAAGUUGUGGGAGGACGAAGACAACUACCCUCUCUCGAUCUGCCGGGCAUAUAAGGAAGGGAAAAGUAGAGGCUCCACUCUUUUCAACAUCGUCUUCGAUCAUGUGGGCCGGAAGGCAACAGUGCGGCUGGGCCGGCCCAAUAACCCUGAUGAGACCUUUGUCAUGACCUUUAGCAAUCUGGAUACCAAGUCCGCGAUCCAAGCCAACAUUUGA